UUCACAUUCGAAUAUUUUGAACAACAAAUAAGACGUUAAAAUUCAUCAAGACUCUACCUAGUACAUAUGCAAAAGUAUCAAGUGAAAACCAUGGUCCAUGAAACCGUAUCGAACAUCGUAUCGGAAAAGUCAGCGGUAGGGUAUUUUGUGACAAAACCGUGGUUUAACCGUAGUUCAACCGUUCAUACCGUUAAAUACCGCCUACCGGUUUAGCCUCCGAUAUUGGUAUUUUGUGGUUGAACUGUCGGUACGAUACGGUUUCAUGGACCAUGGUGAAAACCUUCCAAGCUUUCCUUUUUGUCACGUCAGUAACAAGGUUUUGUGAUGAAUAUAUUCAAAACGUAUACACAAGACAAAGGUCGAAACUAAUGACUUGAUACCGCCACAUUCCCCUGUCACCACUUACACACAUAUAUAUAUAAGCCUUCUUCAACAACAUAUCGAAAGGAGACUCAUUGCCCCCAUUCCCAAUCUCCAUACAAACAAAGCUCUAUAACGAAAUAUGUCGGCGUUCAAGUUGCAGUCCGACAACCAAUUCCUCCGAACCCACAAAGGCCACCCCGACGUCGUUUUCGUCUACGAGUACAUGGACGAUCCCAACGUUUUCGAGACGAUCCACGCCAGCGACUCCCGCUGGAAUGCUCCGUCCGCGGUGGGCCAUCCCGCCGCGUUGGAGGUGUUCGGCGUGACGAUCGGAGGCGCGAAGCUGAAGGAGCUGGCCAAGGACCUGACCCUCACCGACCCGAGUACCGGCCAGACGUUUCACCUCAUCGUCAACCGACAGGGCCUCUGCUUCGUGUACGUGGCGAGCCAGCCGAUCGUGCGGCUGAGGAUCAACGACCACUUCGGCUGGUCCAAGUACGGGGUGAAGCCGCGGAUCAGCACGAUAUGGAGCGUGUGGGACAUGAGCAACGGCGCCGUUUUGGUAGCUCCUCCUCCGACUGAAGAUGAUGCUGCUGAUGGUGGUGAGAAGUAUUCGGCGUUGAACGAGAGCUGGAAGAAGGUAUUGGAGGAGAAGGACAAGUGGAUGGAGGAGAAGGAGUCGCUGUUGAGGAAGUCGCUUGCGGAGAAGGAGAAAGAGGUGAUCGCUCUUAAGGCUGUGGUGAAAGCGCUGAGUAGCGACGAAUAAUUCCAUGCAUGCAUGCAUCUUCCUGUUAUCUGUGUCAUAAAUACGUGUUUGUGCCAGCAGGUAUGUAACAAGACAUAUAUAACUUUCUUCUGUACAAUAAUGGAGACUGAAAUCGUCUCUCCUCGAUCUGCAAUAAAUAAAAUUCACUAAAUAUUACAAAAGCAAGGUAUGGAAAUAAAAUAAAAUAUUGAUUAACAUUGUUGUUUUUAUUUCUUCAUAUAGUUAAAGAUGUUUUAAUGAAAAUGUUCAGAAACU